AUGGACAUUAGAGGAAUUGUGACUCAUUACAGAUGUGGAGAACAUGUGAGACUGCUUACGUCUCGGACAGUGAAAAAUCGAGGGAGGCUUUUUCAUUCUUGUCCUUAUGGAGAUGAGACAAGUCGGUUCCAUUUGUUGAAGUGGGCAGAUAGAUCGGCCCUUGAAGAGAUUGAGGAUAUGAAGGUAAGAAUUGAUUAUCUUGAAAAAGCUUCAAGCACUUUAGAAAAAGAUAACGAGAGCUUCAAUUCUGAAGUGGAAACUCUUACAAUCGAGACCCGCACUAAUGAAGCAGUUGUGUACAGUUCACAGAAAGAGUUACAAGGAUUUGAGAAAGAACUUCAAGAUUGCAAGAUGGAGGUGAAAGGGCUAAAGAACAUGGUGUUGGAGAUGGAAAGAACAUGGGAUGUUUUUGUGUAUUGUUAG